ACUGGCGGCAAGAAAGAGGGCGCGGCCCGGCGUGUGCGCCCGAGUCCGAGGGCUCCGUGGUCCGUGGGCCCCGUGGGACUCCCGGACGAGCCCAGGGAGCGGGAGAGCGAGCGCGCCUGAUUCAGAAGGUUCAGGCUGUGACUUCAGGGCCCCGGACGCAGUUGGAGUAAAACCUCAAAAAUGCGAGGCGGCGGCCGGCAGGCGGGCGGGGAAGACAGAGGGCGCCUUUCCCGGCGCAGGUAGGCUCAGGGUGCCCGCUGACCCCGCAGCCGGCCCCGCCGGCGACCGGCACCCGCAGGAGCCCCGAAAACGAGCCUGGCCCUGCCCGUGCGCGCCCCACGUGAGAUCACUGCGUCGUCUGCAGCACCGGGGGGCCCCUGGGCCACCGUGUCGGCAGGAAGUCCUUCGGGGGAUUGCAAGGUGCUGCCCGCGCCCACGGCCGCAGGAGGAGGUGUGAGUUCCCAGCCGGCGAGACCGUGUCCCCCGAGCCCAGGACCUGGCAGUGGGCGGAGCCAUGGAAAAAGUCAACAACUUCUUCAGUGACAUCUGGGACCUCCUCGUGACCAAACACCAGGAGGGCCUCUUCAACACCGUCUGCCUGAGCGUCAUCCUGGCGCUGCCGCUGCUGGUGGCCCUCACCCUGCUGUUCGUCUGCUGCCACUGCUGCUGGAGCCGCGCGGGCCGGUGCGGCCAGCAGCCCGAGCAGAACAAGGGGGGGCAGGGGAAGAAGAAGAAGAAGAAGAAGAAGGGCGAGGAAGACCUCUGGAUCUCCGCGCAGCCCAAGCUCCUGCAGAUGGACAAGAGGCCGUCGCUGCCCGUCUAGCAGGCGGGAAGCAGAGGUGUGUCCACCGGCGGGGGCCCAGCCGCCCCGCAAUGCAUGCGACGGGGAGGUGACCCCUGACGGCUCGCACUCACGCCCACGGAGGAACUGCUCGACCACGGAGCAAACCUCGGACGGAGUGUCCCCAGGGAGGGUGCUCCCGGGGGGACACGUGGACGGUUCUGGGGCGGCGCUGUCUUGGCGGCUCUGUGCCCCGUAGCAAUGCUCACUGCUGCGGACUCUGGCGUCCCCCCCCGCCGACCUCCGGCGCAGUCCCUAUGCAAAAGCACAACAAACGUGUGUACCCGUGUGUGCAGACAUGCCUCCUGACUCACACACACACUGUGCACACUGCACACUGUCUGCUCUCGCAGAAACGGCUCGUGGGAGGCGGGCCUGGCCGGGCUCGGGCACACGUGCCCAGCCCCAGAACCAGGCGAGGCUGCCCACUCCUGUCUGCUCCAUGUACUUCCUACUCAGGUUAGAGACGCGCUUCCCCCCCUGGGGUCCCCACGCAGCCUCCCGCUGGAAAUCCUCCUCUUCUGGACAUUUCCGCAACCUGGUACAGGCCCCCCUUCCCGGUGUAUUGAGACAGACCCCCCUGAGGUCCCCUGCUCCUGCCCCCGUCCCUGGGAGGGAAGUUUAAGGUGGGAAAGCUCAGAAUUCAUCAAAAGCCGUUUUCUCAACCCCGACAGGGUCCACGCUGCCACUGGCAGGCACCCCAGUGGCCCAAGCCCCCUCUUCUCUUUGAGACGCUGCCCCCCAGAACCGCCUGGUAGGGCGCCCUCCUCCCCGCAAGAACACACAGCUCUGGGUGGGGACUCCUGGAAAGCCGUGGGAACUUGAAGGCCAAGGCUACUUCGCUCCCUUCGCUGGGCUGCCCCGGGCACCUGUGCUGGGCAGCCGGUGCCACGCCUGGGCGAGGUGGCUCCCACGGAACCACGGGUGUUCAGCGGGGAAGGGGGCCAGACGAUCACCAGCGCAGCCUCACUGGGAACACCUUCCUAGGGUUGUCCUUGGAGGUGCGGUGCAGUGCAGGUGGGAUGCAGAGGACACAGUGUAAGUGACAGCAGGAUGAAGCUAGAGAGAGGUUCAUUGAUAUUUAUCUCGGGGCCCAGGCAAGUGCCUUGCACACAGUGGGGACACCUCACUGCCUGCGGAUGCCGUGGGUUAUAUGACCACACGAAGGGUAAGCUCACAAGGCCUCGCCAGUCCCGCCAAGUGGCCUCCUAAGUGAGCCCAUGCAUGGCUGCAGCGGGUGGGGGCUGGGUCCCAAAUUCUGCGGGGGUGUGUGCAGAGCCAAGGGGCAGGGGACACGCGCACCCUGAGGCCCGUGAGGACGUGUAAACCAGGUCCUCGGUGGGGUGGGGGAGCAUCUCCCCAAGGGCAGAAGGCAGGGGGCGCUGAGUCAAUCAGCUCGGAGAGCGAGCUGGUCGUCCCAGGGGUGGGCAAUUCCCAACUCAGGAGCGGGCUGUGCUGUCCGAGGUCACGGGCAGACCGGCUGGGUGGCUCUGCUGAAAUACUUUCCCACGGAAGCUGUGCUAAUGGUGGGGGAAGUGCAACCUGAUCAACAGUGCAGCUAAACUAUGGUACUUACGGUAGCACAGCCCCAACUCCAGAAGGCAGUGCUGGGGGGAGUGCACCCCGCUUGCUCACCUGGGCUGUGGGUGCUGCCUGCCCUGCAGGCCCACUCCAGGCUGUGCAGGGCGGGCACCAGGUGGGGAUGACCUCAGGACCCCGGGGAGCAGAGCUCAGGCCUGCGUACACUGUGGGGCCAGCUGCGCUCACCCUGUCACCCUAAGUGGCCCCAAGUGUGCUGGGCACCAGGCCCCUCACCCCUAAACCCGUCUGACCAGAGAAAGCUACGCCCUCGGGUUCUCCACCCCCUGGUCACACGGAGAGCUUGUCAUGGGGCAUCUGACCGUCCCCUCGACAGCACAGGACGACCAAGCAUCUCCCCACACCUACCGCUGACCACAAACAGGAUGCCCUUCCUGUCUCCACCUCUCAGGCCCCCCAAGAUGAGUGACUUGGGGAGACGGGGCUGGAGGCUGAGACUGGUGUCAGAUGUGACCCAGGAGAGCAGAGCACCAGGAACAGGUUGCCAUGGCAACAGGCUGCUCAUCUGAAUUAAGAGCCGUGGCCGUCACUGCAGUGACAUGGACUGCGCCUGCAGGCGCAGUGUCCCCGGUCUCACCAAAUGGACCCGUUCCAGCUCUGGCCACGAACCCCCCCGAGAUGCAUGCCUCAGCCGCUUCCACAGCCUGGGAUGAGGCACCCCAGCCCUGAGCAGCCUUGCUUUUCCCCACCCGGCCCCCCCAGCACCCCUCCCUGGAACCCCUAGAACAGCGCCCAGGGCAGGAGGGGCCUCACGGUCCUGUUGAGUAAAGACACGGGUGCGUGACAGGAUCCCAAGGCGGCUGCCCUCCCCUUCCCACUCCUCCACCCAUCCCCACUCCCCCCUUUCUUCCCCAGUCUCUGUGCCAGGUAUCCCAGGUCUGCCGCCAGCAACCAGGGUGCCUCGGUGGGACCCUGCCUGGCCCGUCGUGGGGGGUUCAGCUGAUGAAGGACAAUGAGGACAGUGAAGGAGAGGCUCCCCAACCCAGCACAGGCUUGGGGCGCAGCCCCCGGGGGUCCCCACAGCAUCCACCAGGCUGGGGCCCCACAGUCCACGGAGGUCUCCCCCCUGCUCCGCGGAUUCGCUUCUGUAUUUCUCACGGGGGAGGGGGACAGAGGGCAAGGUCGUCGCCUUUUCAAGAAGAAUGUAAAUGGCCCACGUUGUACAGUAUUUGUCAGUAUUUGUUUCCUGGAAGAUUCAAACGCAUCAACAGAAAAACUUAUUUAAGUAAAACACUUUGAACAUA